GACGGGGAGGGAGGGAGCGGGUUAAUUUAAGGCGGGGAGGUGUGUGCGCUCCCGGCGGCCCCGGCGCGGACUCCGCUCCCGCCAUUGCGCGGCGACGGAGACGGAGAGGCCGGUUUGUUGGUGGAGUUGACGACUGUUUGUGGGCCUGAUAACUCCCUGACACAAUGGCGUUUAUGAAAGUUUAUGGGCAAAUUCGCAUCCACAGCAUACAGACCGGCACCACAAAAUGGAGGGAGGGCAGCUUCGAAAUCGUGGAGAAGGACAACAAAGCUCUUCUACUUGUUGUCUUCAAAGCUGGAGGUCCCACCAAAAUAUUCCAGCUCAGCCGCAACGUGAAGGUGGUGCAAGUCAGCCCCUCGACCAAGCUGCGGAGCCGGCUGUUGGUGACUCUGCAGGACAAGAGCAGCCUGAUUAUUGACCAGGCUCCCAGCCACGAUGCUCUGCUGCUGAAGGAAUACUUGGAGGAGCUGAACCCCACCCGAGUAAAGACUCAUCAAGGAUCCAGCAACUUUGGGCCAAAGUUAGGAAACCGGGUGAUGUCAAAGGAAUCUCACCGUCAGCUGUCUAAUAUAGAGAAUCAGACACCGGGUCGACGGGACGAGACUCCAAACCGGAAAACCACCAGUACCCCCGGUCGAUCAAGUCUUCAACAUGGCUCUCGAGCUCUACAAGCAAGCAGCGCCCCAGGCAGCAGGAUGGGGACCGCUCCUCACACGCUGCCCAGAGCAGUCAAGUCGGAGAACCGGAGUGAGAAGAGAAAGAGGAUGCUUUCCCCAGACCUGGAGCUGACUGAAGAUUAUCCCAAAGAGAACGAUUCUUCCAGCAAUAACAAGGCCACAGGCGAUUCUGCCCGUAAAUUCCUGAGCAGCUGCCGUGACAAGCAAGUCAGCCUGAAGCAGGCUGAGGAGAACAGGAAUUCUGGUGUGAUGCCACUCCAGUCCUUUUAUGGAACCAGAUCAUCUUCCAAGGAUUAUACCCCAGGGAACUCUUUUUUGGACAGGUCUGGACACUCGGGUCAGGCCCCCUCGGCCAAGAGGAACCUGGGCUUUUUGCCUCAGCCCACGCCCCAGUCCGUCAAGAAGCUUCGUCCAAACCAAGAUUACACGGGAUGGAAUAGACCCAGACCGCUCCACCCCACACAGCUCCCACAGCUGCUUCAGGGGUUUUCGAACCUCGGCAACACGUGCUACAUGAAUGCUAUCCUGCAGUCCCUGUUCUCACUCCAGUCCCUGGCCAUGGACCUACUGAAGCAAGGUAUUCCCUGGAAGAAAAUCCCAGCUAAUGCGCUGCUGAAGCGCUUUGCCCAUCUCCUGGCCAAGAAGGACAACUGCAGCCCGGAGGUGAAGAAAGAGCUGCUGAAGAAGGUGAAGAGUGCCAUCUCGGCCACCGCGGAGAGGUUCUCCGGAUACGUGCAGAAUGUAAGGAGCAGGUUCCUGAGCCAGUGCAUGGACCAGCUGAAGGAGGACAUGGAGAAGCUGAACAAGACGUGGAAGAACGAGCCGGUGGAGGGCGAGGAGGGUCCGGCUGGGCGAGGGGGUGACGAGGACGGAGCGGCCAAAGUCUACGCCUGCCCCAUCAUCUGUAACGUGGAGUUCGAGGUCCUGCACACCAUCGACUGCAAAACGUGUUCAGAAAGCGUCACAAAGAGAGAGCAGUUCAACGAUCUCUCCAUCGACCUCCCGAGGCGGAAGAAGCAGCUGCCUCCCAGAUCGAUCCAGGACUCGCUCGAUCUCUUCUUCAGGGCUGAAGAAAUUGAAUACUGCUGCGAGAAAUGCAAUGGGAAAAAUGCGGUUGUGACCCACAAGUUCAGCAGGCUACCCAGGGUCCUCAUCCUCCACCUGAAACGGUACAGCUUUAACGUGCAGCUCUCUCUGAAUAACAAGCUGGGCCAGCAGGUGAUCAUCCCCAAGUACCUGGCCCUCGCUGCCCACUGCACUGAGACCACACGGCAGCCCCAUGUACUGGCCUGGAACACGCAAGGUCCAAUUUCACGACCACUGAAAACCUCGCAGUCAGUCAACUCUACACUUGUGCAGACUACACUGGGGAGGAAGUACUGCUUCAAGUCGUCAAUCGUGAUCCAGGACUCGGACAGUGAAGAUGAGCAGGUGAAGCGAGCCAUGAUGAUCAGCAAACAGAUGAGUGAACAGGUUCACCGAGAGUCACAGCAGGAGGACCAGGAAAUACAGCUGGCUCUCAAGGCAAGCAAGCAGGAGCUGGAGCUCCCGGCCACGACCCUGGUGCUAGACUCGUCCUUUGACAGGAUGAGUGAAGAUGAGUUGUUGGCCGCCGUGCUGGAGAUCAGCAAGCAGGAGACGUCGAGGAGCCCGGGCAGGGACGACGGACAGGAGACGUCCCGGAGCCCGGCUAGAGGCCAGGGACAGGAGACGUUGCGUGACCCGCCCGUGGGCGAGGGGCAGGGGACGUCGCUGAGCCCGGCCAUGGUCGAGGGGCAGGAGACGUUGAGGAGCCCGGCCAGGGGCCCGGGGCAGGAGAAGCCCAGCAGCAGCCCCGACACCGGCUUCGGGGACGACGAGGCCCAGGAGUUGUUGGAGCAGCACGAGGUGGCAGAGAUGGAUGUGUCCAGAAACACCGUGGAUACAGGUGGGUCACCGCAGUCAUGGAGCGGAAACAGACACUUUGGCCCAACUUGCCCACACCGGCGACACCAGUCCCAUCUGCCUGCGCUUGGCCCAUAUCCCUCCAAACCUGUCCUAUCCUAUUCAAUUUUAUUUUUAAUAUGUUUUAUUAUUUAUUUAUUAUUUAUUUAUUUGUGAUUUUUUUUUUUUUUU